AUGACGAAGUUAUGAUGUAUAUACAUUUGAUCAGAAAUUGAUUUCUCUGCCUUUUAUAUUUUUCAGAUAUACAGCCUCCUCGAGAACAAAGGAGGACAGCAGAACUGUCACAAUACCGGAUAACUGCGGAGCAAGCAUUGGAAGGCAUCGCUGGGGCGCAUUCCAUUAUAAUUCUGAUUGUAGCAAUCGCGUUCUUUCUUCGAACUAUCGCAUUUGCCAAGGCAUUUCACUUCAGUUGUGAUUCGAUUGUUGGAAUAGUUUUGUUGUUAUCUAAGUAAUUGGAAUACGGUUCGCAGUUUAAGUGAACCUUAAUAACGUAUAUGAACAUAUACUUAUUUGAUGUAAUAUAAGGACUAACUGUUCUGUGACACUCAAAAUGGCUUUCAAUUAUUGGUGUUCCUCUCGGAAAAUUUACUUAAAAAGGUAAUUGAUUGAUCAAAAGCUGCAAAAAAAAAACGUGUGAGGACAUCUACGUACUGGUAUGGCAGGUGCAGAUCACAAUAUUACAUUCAACAACAGCUAUACGUUAUACAAUAACAUUUCCGGGAGGCGCCAUAAUAUGACAACAGAUGGCGAACUAUAUGGAGAUGAAAUAUACGAAGGACCAGUACCGUUACAUUUCGCUAGGCUGUUUCCCCUCAAAUACAGCGUUCCGAUAAACGGUUAUAUUGCACCAGUAUUGGUUCUUCUCACAGUUGUCACAAACACGCUGGUCAUCGCAGUUCUCCUUAAAAAGCACAUGCGGUCACCCACAAACGUCCUCCUUGCAGGAAUGGCAUUCAGUGAUAUGUUGACGGGUGUAAUACCGUUACCUGUAUUUAUAUAUUUCUUUUCAAUGGGUCAUUACAAUGAUUUUGUCCCUUUAGGCUGGUGCUUACCGUAUAAAAUGCUGUAUGAGAACAUACCAACCAUAUUUCACACAGCAUCCAUCUGGUUGACAGUUGGACUAGCUGCGCAGAGGUACAUUUAUAUCUGUCAUUCACUGCAAGCGAGGACUUGGUGCACGAUUCCGAACGUUUUGAGAGCUACAGUAAUUGUGUAUAUAGUAGCAUUUGUAUCACAGCUCACAAGGUUUAUCGACUUUUACACAGUCCCUUGGACCGUACCAAGUUACGUUAACCCUAACGAAACAUACCAAGGAUGUGUUUACCAAACUCGAAAUUGGGCGAUGAAUCACAUGGAUAUGUAUCAAAAUAUAUAUUUCUGGUUCAGAAUAAUCUUUAUCCAUCUUGUGCCGUGCAUAUCGUUGGUGGUACUCAAUGGAUUGCUGAUAUCUGCCAUGCGAAAGGCCCAGAUAAGGCGCAUGCAGCUUCUGAAACAAAAUAAGAAAAGUGAGUCACGAAAAUUAAAGGAAAGUAACUGCACUACCCUGAUGCUUGUUGCAGUUGUCGGUCUCUUUUUGUUAGUUGAAUUUCCGCUUGGUAUAAUCAUGACAUUAUAUGUCACUGAUAACACUUUCGAUCUGAAACUCUUUUCGGAAAAUGUUUACAGCAUAAUGACGUCAAUGUCCAACUUUUUCAUUCUUUUAAGUUAUCCAUUAAACUUUUUUAUCUACUGUGGAAUGAGUCGUCAGUUCAGAGAAACAUUUAAACGGUUGUUCAAAGGUGGUCCCAUGCCAGUUGAUAAAGAAUGUUCGCAGUAUAUGACUCUGCCAACAGAAAACGGGAAAACCGUUUUUAGUGGACCAGAGACGGCCUUGUAAAGAAACGAAAAACCACUAAUUGAUUGCCGAAAAGAGAUACACUCAUGUAUAUAACAUUCUGAAACUACACCUUUAUCAUCAUAUUAUCAUAUAAGACGGUAGAAAUGAUUGACAUGAAUACAGGAGGCGUUUUUGGCAGUAACAAUAUGAAAAUGUAAUUUUUGAAUACUUAGUAGUUCUCUUUUGUGACAGAAGAAAGGCAGAAAACAGCCGUUUUUAAAACUAGUAACGCGGCAUGAUUUCUUACUGCUGUUGAGUAACUGAAUUACUUUAUAAGAACGAUUUUGAAAACUCGAAACAAAGAUAAAUCGUGUCAUUUUAUACGUGGUGUUUUAAAACGGGAAUGGAAAAUGCACGUUUCUACUCGUGCUUCAGGGUAUGUGAUCAUGUCUUUAUACGCAAAUGUAGACAUACCUUCGAAAUACCUCUAAACAUAUUUAACAUCUUUAUUGGUAAACAUCAAGUACAAAUGAACACCUAAACAAAACCACGGAGUAUUUUAUUACAUUUUGCUUAAGUAGUUUUUGAAAUACCAUAAUUCCUAAUGCCAUAUCGAUGCAGUGUCAGAUGGACAAUGAUAAAAUAUAUGACACUAUUUUAAUUGGUUUUAUACAAGUUUGCAUAUUAUGAAUAAAUUUCAAGGCGACGGUCCAUCUUUUAUUCCUAAAAAUAUUCCGAGCUUGUGCUUCUGUCAGCAUGAGAUAAUAGAAAUGUUAGAUCACCAAACAUUUCCAAAACAAUAUUAGAUAAGAAAAGUGCCGCGUGUUGAUAAUCAAAGUGAUAGAUCAUUCGUUUGACAUAUCCGUAUAACCAGUGUACUGCUUUAAGGUGGUAUUGGACUGAAAUUGUGAUAUUGUAUUGUGUUUAGUUUCACUGAAGAUUUGCAUGUGUCUUGGACGAUUGCUUUGAUUGCCAGACACUUGUUUUAUCUGAUCUUUUCAACUUUGCUGCUUGUAGGAGGAGCAAAGUUUUAAAUGUGUACAUUGCAAGUUGUGACUUUUCGUUGCUAGAGUAUGCCGGCUGGAGAUACACAAACAUGGAAACGAAAUGUGUACAUUGCACGCUGUGACUUUUCAUUGCUAGAGUGUGCCGGCUGGAGAAACGCAAACAUGGAACAGAUCUUACGUUUUCAACUCUAAACAGCAAGCGGAAUGUUUAAGCGCCAUGACAAAUAUACAACCAAUAUUUUACACAGUUUUGUAGUACAAAAAGUCUCAAAACAAACAUGGUAUCAUCAAUCUUGGCCCCAGUUUUACGAAAAAACUAAAGAUAUUGCUUAGCUAAGUCAUUUAUUUCAACUGCUUGCUCUCUAUUCGUCUAUGUUUACUUUUUCAUCUAUAUUAGAACCGCAUAUGAUUAUUUUAUAGAUCAAAAUACAACAGUUCUGAAUUUUACAGAAAACGAAGUAUCAAAAUAAGGAAUAUACUUAGGCAAAUAUUGAAGUUCUUUAUGUCGUGCUUAAAUAGAAAUAUCAUAUAUGCGUGACUGAAAUAAGUACUGCAAACAAAUACUAUUAACCAAAAAUAAUUUAGCUACGACCGCAUUGUUAUAAUAGAAAAAAUCAGUGUGAUAUACCAAUAACUUAAGCAAUAGCACGACUUUAAAAUAACAGACUUAACUGAUUAAUUAAGUUUUUUUUCAUGAAAUGGGGCCCUGUAUUGAAACAUAAUACGAAUAUAUAUUUCAGUUACGGAAUUGAUAACUAGUUUCGAAUCUCGAAUACAAAUGCAGCUCUGAAAGACAGUUUGAAAGAAAUCCAUGGAAUUUCUAGGUUAUUUUAUCGCGUAGGAGAUGUGUAUUUACAGUAAAUUGUUACAGUUAUUGUGCGAUGUUUGUUUUGCCUUAUAUGUUAUAUAAAUAUAUCUAUAAUUAUAUAGGUAUCAAUAUUUUUUUACUUUGAUGAGUGAUCGUGUAAUCCAUAAUUGUAUAUAAUGUUUGAAAUACAAGAAAUUACAUUUCUAGCUAAAAGUGCUAGUUAUCAAGGUAGUUGUGUGCGUUAGAGCCACACUUUGGCUUCAGUGUAGUUUUUGAUUGACAUGGCUAAUACUUUAAACGUCAUUAUAACUGAGAAAGUUUUAAAACCUAUAACAUGCGUUCUACGUAGACUGCCUGAAAGAGAGCAUGAUUUUGAUUAAGUUUUAUAAGUUAAAUCUGUGCAGAGAAAUAAAC